AUGGCGUGCGGCGAUUGGCGGAAGUAAUAAUGGACGCCACAGUAUGGCGCCAGUGUCGCAAGGCUCGCACGCAUCAGCGGCGCGCACAGCGGCGCACACAGCGCCGCGCAUCGACGGAAUAGAGCGAGACCGGACGUGAGAGAGAACGAGGCAGACUCGUUCGCGUUCCGCCGAGGUGGUGCAGUUUUCCAGUGUCGCGUAGAGUGUAGUGUUUUUCUUCCUUUCCCCCGUUUCUCAACGUCGAGUGUUGUGUGCGUCGGUGAGAAGAGGCAGACCCCAUCCCCGAUGAUUAAGGAGUGCAUUUAGUGCAAGGACUGAAUAUACCUGGGAUCGUUUGGAAAGCACGAGCCCUCUAGCCAAAAUCACUCGCCUAACCUUUUCCCUGCCCACCUUAUCCUGCCUUAUAUCCUUCCCCUUCCCCGGAAGUUUCAAUAAAACCCUUCCUUGCCAGUCAAAGGAUCUGUGAAUUCAUUCAUCAUGGAUAACAUGGAUGCCAAACCAGUCCUUAACGACGAUCCGUCAGUUACCCUGACCAUCCGCCUGAUUAUGCAGGGCAAGGAGGUCGGUAGUAUCAUUGGGAAGAAAGGAGAAAUCGUCAAGAGGUUCCGCGAAGAGUCGGGCGCGAAGAUCAACAUCUCGGACGGUUCGUGUCCAGAGCGAAUAGUGACUGUGACCGGGCCAACAAACUCGAUCUUCAAAGCGUUCACCUUGAUAUGCAAGAAAUUCGAGGAAUGGUGUUCUCAGUUCCACGACAUCCAGAGCGGAGGUGGUGUACCAAGGCCACCGAUUACGCUCAGGUUGAUCGUCCCAGCGUCUCAGUGUGGUUCCCUCAUCGGCAAGGGUGGUUCCAAGAUCAAGGAGAUCCGUGAAGUGACCGGUGCCUCGAUUCAGGUUGCCUCUGAGAUGCUGCCCAAUUCGACGGAACGUGCAGUAACCAUAUCAGGCACCAGUGAGGCAAUCACGCAGUGCAUAUAUCACAUCUGCUGUGUUAUGCUAGAGUCCCCUCCCAAAGGUGCCACGAUCCCUUAUCGCCCCAAACCCCAAGUUGGUGGGCCAUUGAUCCUGGCUGGUGGGCAAGCCUACACCAUCCAGGGUAAUUACGCCGUGCCCGCCCACUCGGACAUGGGCAAACUUGGUAGCAAUCCGUUGGCUGGGUUAGCAGCUUUGGGCCUUGGAGGCCUCGCCACACCUGCCAACACUGGUGGACUGAAUCCAGCAGGGGACAAUAAAGCCCUGGCAGCCCUGGCUGGUAGCCAGCUCCGCACUAGCAACACAAACAGGCAGCAACCAGCGGCGAACAAUCAGACACACGAGAUGACAGUGCCAAACGAGCUGAUCGGUUGUAUCAUCGGUAAAGGUGGUACCAAGAUCGCGGAGAUUCGUCAGAUCUCCGGGGCCAUGAUCCGGAUCAGUAAUUGCGAAGAGAGGGAGGGUGGAGCCACGGAUCGUACGAUCACCAUAACCGGAAAUCCGGACGCUGUGGCACUAGCACAGUAUCUCAUCAGCAUGAGUGUUGAACUGCAGAAAGCUAACCUAGAGGCCCAAAAUACCCAAACUCCUGGCAGCGGUACCACUCCCGGGGCAACCGGGGCAAGUGCUUCUCCCUCCAACACCACAACCACUGCCUCUCCCUUGGCCAGCGCCAUUCCCUUGGCUCAGCUACUAAGCAAGCCGGGCGCCCUGAACGCCCUAUCUAGCCUCACCGCCCUUGGCGGACUCACGGAAUUGCUAGGUGGUGCUGCUGGCGCGGCUGCAUCCGCGCUUCCGGUCCAGACAACCGGCGUGCACCGUUCGCACAAGUUCACGCCGAGGCUUCGUAGCCCGGGCGCACCGGGACCCACCGACAGCGGCAAAUUCAAAUCAGAACGCACCAAGUACAACCCGUACUGAGCAAGUGGACAACGGACGGAGACACGCGACAGGGAGAUCAUUACACGUACACGCAUUACUCAUCCUCACUACCACCACCAUCACUCAGACCAUAAGUACACGAAACACAAGAUCUACAUCGGAGAUGAAUGCGUACGGACGCCAGGGUAGCGCGAGUCCGCUUCAAGACUUGGCUAAGGAUCGGACCAAUAUUCGUAUAUAUUCUAUAUCUCUACUACACGUUUAACCCUUUCGCUACUAUACUAAGAGUUAUGGACGACCAUGGUACGGGACGUUCAUGCUUUUCACGGUUUUUCAAGACAACAGUGGAUAAAUGUGUCUUCCGAAAGAGAAGGAUUUAACCCUUUGCACCUGCUGAUAGUUGCAAUUCAAUAUUUCUCAGGUGCAGAGGGUUAAUUUUGAUGUAGAAUAUAUCUUCUUUUGUUUUAAUAUUAAAUCUACUUUCAUUCUGUUUUUAUCUGAUUGUAAUAGCUUCAUCUGUUUAUACUGUACUAUUAGUUUCAUCUGAUUAUAUUGUACUACUAGUUUCAUCUGAUUAUAUUGUAUUACUAGUUUCAUCUGAUUAUACUGUACUACUAGUUUCAUCUGAUUAUAUUGUACUACUAGUUUCAUCUGAUUAUAUUGUACUAGUAGUGUCAUCUAUACAUCUUGUACAGAUGAUCCUGCUAUCAGAUUAUUCUCCUUAUAUUCUGCUAUCUUUGUAUUUGUAAUAGCUUCAUUUGUUUAUAUUAUACUACUAGCUUCACCUGAUGUAUUAUCUUCAGCAGCUUGUGUUGCAUUAUCUUCACUAGAUUGCAUUAUCUGUACUAUCUUGUACAGUAUUUACUACCUUGUGUUGUAGUAUCUUCACUAUUUUGUGUUGUGCUAUUUUCACUAGCUUGUGCUGCAUUGUCUUCAGUAGCUUAUAUUGUAUUACCUUUAUUAUCUUAUAUUAUAUCUUCACUACUUCAGUUGUCUUAUCACUUGUGUUAUCUUCACUAUCCAAUAUUGUAUCUUCAUCUACUUGAAAUAUUUCUUUUUAUUGCAAUAUCUGCAUUUUUCUUUAUCACAACCUUCAUCAUUUUGUAUCUGAAUUGGUUAAUUUAUCUAGAGAAUCUAUCUAAAUUUAUUUCAAUAAUUGAACUAGUUAAUUUAUCUACAUUUGCAAAGAUUAACUAGAAAAUUUUGAAAUAUUUGUCUGGAAAAUCUAUCUAAAUUUAUUUUAACAAUUUUGCUAGUUAAUUUAUCUAUAUUUGCAAAGAUAGUUUACCUAGAAAAUUUUGAAAUAUUUGUCUGGAAAAUUUAUCUAGAUUUACUUAGAUAAUUCAACUAGUCCAAAUUUAUCUAUACUUUUUGUACAACAUAAAAAUCCAAAACUAUUGUAAACUAAAGAAAAUACAGUAUUUGUAUAUAUUUUGAAAAUUCGUGAAGAUAAUUCUUGAAAAUUUGACACAAAAGUCAUCCUUGUAAAUAGUAAAAAAUUUCAAUUCUUGUUAAAAAUUCGUGACACAUUUAUCCACUCGUGUCUUCAAUCGUUGAUACACACUCCUAAUUGUAAGUAUCAGACAUCUAUCACUUUAUAACACAUUUUAACUCUCACCUUUUAUUUUUAUUCAAUUUCUAUUCACAGUGCAUUAGGUUGACAAUGAAAUUCGUGACGAUAACUUUUCUUUCAUUCAGCGAAUAAGAAAUUUCAGUGAAGGUAAGCAUUUUAAUCAAUAACCUUUUAGCAUAUCAUAAUUUAACGUCUUUCAAAAUGUCGCGAAUUUAGUUAUCAACCCAAUACAUUCUCCACUGAUUCCAAUUUGAAACCAUUUUAUAAUUUUAUACAUUGUAAAAGUGAAGUUGAAAUAAAUUUAAUACUAAGGUCACUCCGUAAAAUGGCGGCCAUAUGCAAUAAAGCGUUGGUAUAGCGGAAACUUUCAAUAAUCAACACUUUUACAUAUGUAACGCUAGUAUAUCCUGCCCUCUAAUUUCCGAAAGUCUGUAAUUUAUCAUCCCACGUUAUAACGUAAUUUGAUAGCGUAGCAUUAUACGGCUAAUUCCAUAAAAUAUGCGGCCGCGAUGUUAAACCAUAAUAACGCGGUAAAUGCUAUAUUGUAUUUCAGAUUAAAAUUGUAUACUGUACAAGGCGUUUGACAUCAUAAACAUUGUAUUGUGUGACUAGACUCAUCCGACUCACGUUGCAAAUAAAAGCUCUGUAAAACCACGUCGUCCUAUACGAGGCGUUCACUUAAUUGGCGUCCAAAAUUCUCAAAUAACGAUCGACACUUCGUACGUUUGAUGUAGAAUUUUUGCGAUAUACUUGCGAUCGUCGAAGUGUUAAAAUUUGAUAAUUUUGCGAGGGAAAUUAUUGUGUUCACACAAAGCAAUUGUGUAUCGAAUUACACGACUUAGAGGACCGAUAGCGAAAGGGUUAAUCAUUCCACACCACGAUGUACGUUGUAGAUUAAGAACCCGUGCAACAAUCUACGGUUCCCUGUUAAACUGAUCUCGGAUCCAGAUUGUUCGUUUUGAUGUCUGUCAUUUUUGUGCUGUUUUUCUCGAGAAUAUCGGCAACUUGUCACGGCGAGAUCCGACGCUAAGUCUUCGGACGUUCACACUAGUGCGACACGCCCUCCGAGUCCAUUCUUUUUUUACGACUUCAUGUUCCGUGGAACACGAUUUAUUAUACAUUUUUUCCUAUGUUAAUCGUAUUUUAUGUUUUGUAUUCGAUAGUUUUUUAUUUUGAUGGGUAGAUUUUUGAAAAAUAUAGUAUCUUUCGAUACCGAUGAUGACAAUGAUGAUGACGUUGAUGUUUUGUAUAUUGGAUCUUUAGUGUCGACUCGGAGGACGCGACCGCUCGUGCACCGUCGCAAGACAGCCUUUUUUAUAUAUAGUAUAUAUAUAUGUAUACAUAUACAUAAUAUUAAUUACGAUGAAUUAAUGAUUGAUUAAUGUUUGAAGCAGAUUAAAAGCUCUUCUUAUUAGAAUUA